GUGGAGAUCUCCGUGCCGUCUCCGCCUGACCACCAUAACGCGCUUUGUUCGUGGGAUAAACGCCACAAAAUGGAAAAGAUAUAUAGAACGGUUUAGCUUGGGCAACUCUAAACUCCAGCCAAGCAACUUUCUGACAAUCCUCCUAACCAUCAUCUGUAAAGAAUGGAGACGGUGGUGAUCGUGGCGAUAGGUGUCCUUGCCACCAUCUUCUUGGCAUCAUUUGUGGCGCUGGUGGUUGUGUGUCGCCAUCGUUAUUGCCACCCUCCAGACUUUCUGCACCAGUUUGACUCCAAGCCUACGGUGGAUCUGAUCGGAGCGAUGGAGACUCAGAGUGAACCAUCAGAGCUGGAGCUGGAUGAUGUUGUCAUCACUAAUCCUCAUAUUGAGGCCAUGCUGGAGAAUGAAGACUGGAUUGAAGAUGCCUCGGGUCUUGUAUCUCACUGCAUUGCGAUUCUGAAGAUCUGCCAUACUCUCACCGAAAAGCUAGUCGCCAUGACAAUGGGCUCUGGAGCAAAGGUCAAAGCUCCUGCCAGUCUAAAUGACAUCAUCACCGUUGCCAAACGCAUCAGCCCAAGGGUGGACGACGUGGUCCGAUCAAUGUACCCUCCUCUGGACCCCAUUCUUCUUGAUGCCAGGGCCACAGCAUUACUACUGUCGGUCAGUCAUUUGGUUCUGGUGACUCGAAACGCCUGUCACAUGUCAGGCAGCCUGGACUGGAUCGACCAAUCACUGCAUGCAGCUGAAGAUCACAUGGUCGUGUUAAGAGAAGCGGCUUUAGCAUCCGAACCAGAGAGAUGUUUUCCAGAGAGAGAGCAGUCCAUCUGAAGCAAAGAUACUAUCAGUUUGUUUAUGGGUCAAAGACGAAAGGGGAUUUCAAGCAUCAAAAUAAUAAAAGUACAUUAUGUACAUUAGAAUAUGGUGCUUUUUAUUCUGUUUAUUUUAAUGAGCAAAAAUAAAUACAUUUAAAAAACACCCACCUUAACAUCAUUCAGUGUAACAAAAGUUUAUAUACCAAAUAUGUUGUCAUAUUCUCUAUUAGGGAUGCAAGAUAUUUAAAAAAAAUGACUGUGGUAUUUAGAUUUUCUGUGAUAUACAUAGCAGUAUGAAUAUAAUUUUACAAUUUGACUUAUGUAACUGUUUCGAAAGAAUUCAUGGUUUUACAUUGAUUGGAACGAUUUUUGUAGGGGAAAGUAUCUGCAUAAAAUAUACAAAAUAGAAUAUACAGUGCUCAGCAUAUAUAAGUACACCCCUCACAAAUCUCUCUUUAAAUUCAUAUUCAAUAUAAAUUUAUAUUCAAGCUAUACAAUAUUAUAUUUGUGCAUAUACAUUAGAUUAGUCACUACUGAAGCCAAAUCUAGAGCUUAUCUAACAAAAUAACUUAUGAUAACGGUCCAAAAACUAGUACACCCAAAUUGAUAUGUUAGAGAAAAAUAUUAAAUACAAUUUUUUUAAAAAGAGCAAACAAGACAAGCAAAAAAAAAUGUAAAAAAUUUUGUUGAAAUGUUGUAGGUUGUAAUUAGUUUACAAUAUUUAGCUCGAAUUUAAUUGUAAUUGUAUUAAUUGUAAUCUGUCAAUUUCUCAAUAUGUUUAAUAACUAAAAUAUUAUUUGAAUCAAUAUAUCUGUUUAAUACAUCUGUUUUGUUUAAAUGCACCAAAAUACAUUGCCUAUAUUCACCGAGAAAUGGAUAAAAAUAUUCAUUUUUAAAAUGGGGUGUACUCAACUAUGCUGAGCACUGUAUUAAAGCACAAAGAUAAAUAUGAAAUGAACAGUAUUGAGGUAAAAAAAAACAUUAUAUAGUUUUCAUUGCACAAAUAAGUAAACUUUAUCAUGUUUUGUUUUCAAAUGGUUUAAAUUCGCUUUAAUUCUUAUAGUCACAUGCUAUAAUUAUUGACAGUUAUUAUAGUUAAUCUUCCUGUGAUAUGAUUAUUGUAGAUUUGCACACUGCGUAAUCGAUGCUGAAACCAUAUAUUUUGCAGCCCUAUUCUUUAUUAAUCUACUUUUUAUCUAUCAGCAUCUAAUCACUUUUGUAUAUUUCAUUUUAUGCAAACACCAAAAGGAAGCGUCUUAUCUUUGACCCAUAUUGUACAUACAGUAUACAUUUUACAGACACUUUACGAUGGAUAAUUCCAUUUUAAGUUGUUUUACACAAAAAAAAUCCAUUAUUUUUUGGGGUUUUUUUCCGGCAGCUGAGGUGCAGGAAAAAAACUGAAAUAAAGGCCGUUAAAUUACAGACAUUUACUUUAAAAUAAAAGAUGUUAAAUUACAGACAUUUACCUUAAAAUAAUGGACGUUAUAUUACAGAAAUGUUCUUAAAUUAAAGUUUCCAGUAAAUUUCUGUAAUUUACCACACUGAAAAAAAGUGUUGCAUGCUGUUGCAAACAAUUUAUUUGUGUUGAAUUUAAACAAACAAAUUAAAUGUAAUAUUGUUCAACUUAAUUUGUUUGUUUAAAUUCAGCCCAAACAAAUUGUUUACAACCACUUAACGUAAAAAAAUUGAGUAUAUCCAAGGAAUCAUCUUUGAAUAAUUUUUUUCAGUGCAUCUGUUAUUUUAUGGCAAAUGUCUGUAAUUUAACGCCUGUUAUUUGACUCUUUUUUUCCACCACCCCAGCUACCCGAAAAAAAAGUAAAAUAACAGAUUUUUUUAAUGUGAUCUCUCCUAUAUAGCGUUCAAAAGAGUGUUGAUUUUGUGGCUGUAUCCGCGAUUGCCCCAAAACUCACUCGCAUUCUUGAGUCCAUUUGCUAUCUAGAGGAGGCGUGUAAUUUUUCACCAGUCACGUGAAACCUAAAUCCACACUAAUUCCCUCCAUCAACCCCCAUUACACUUCACACUUCCAGCAACCACUCUCACACACAGUACACGCACACACACAGUACAGCUAUGAUUAUGGGGAAUUCCCAUAGACGUAAUGAUUUUUAUGCUGUACAAACUGCAUAUUCCAUCCCAGCACCCCAACCCUCACGGAAAAAUAUACGCAUUUUUUUCUUGGAUAUUUCAAAAUACUUAAUUCUGUGAGAUUUAUGAGCCAUUUCAAUCAUGGGUACCAAAAUAUGUUCACGCAAGGUCAAAAUAUACUGCUAUUGCUAACAUUUGGGAAAUAAUAUAUAUUAAAUACGGUCAUCAUUCAUAUUCUGUUCUGUUUCAGUGUUAAUAAUGUUAAUUAUUUAGCUUUCCGCUGAUUAUCAGCAUUUCCUCUUUUAAUUUCUAUUCCUCUUCAUCUUUUUGUUACUGAGCUUUUUCAUUUGUUCCUCUAUUUGUUCUUUCAUUCUCAUCCUUUAU